CUACCUUAAAAUAAAAGGAAAAACCAUUAAAGUUAUAUAUUUGGACGAUACACAUGUAACAGCGCGUUACCAAGAGUUUCCAUAUGUAUUAGGUUACUGCAAUUGACACUGCGUGAAACUUUCAUUUUCAAUUUCGAGAAUGUGCGAAGCAGAAACUAAUGUUAUGAAACAUUUUGUCAUGCAACAACGGUGACUAGCAAGACCUUUGAGCCAUGAGCGGUCCUUCCUCGAAAGGCGGAGAUGGUGGCAUUACUCCCAUCCAACAGAUGGCGGCGUCCUGCUCCGGAGCCUUGCUCACGUCUCUAUUUGUCACACCUUUGGAUGUUGUAAAGAUCAGACUUCAAGCGCAGAAAAAACCCUUCCCCAAAGGCAAAUGUUUUGUCUACUGCAAUGGACUCAUGGACCAUAUAUGUGUGUGUGAGAAUGGCAACAAUAAGGCCUGGUACAAAAUGUCAGGCCACUUUAAUGGCACAGCGGAUGCCUUUGUCAGGAUAGUACGAAAUGAAGGGAUCAGAUCACUGUGGAGUGGUCUACCUCCAACACUUGUGAUGGCAGUGCCGGCGACCGUCAUCUAUUUCACCAGCUAUGACCAGCUGUGCACAAAGCUCAGGGUCAAAAUGGGCGACCACGCGCAGUUCGCCCCAAUGGUGUCCGGAGCCGUCGCCAGAGUGGGCGCGGCCUCUGUGAUCAGCCCCCUGGAGCUGAUGCGCACCAAGCUACAGUCCCAGAAACAGUCGUACCGGCAGCUGGCCGCCUGCGUUCGCGCGGCGGUGGAGGCGGACGGCUGGCUGUCCCUGUGGCGAGGCCUGGGGCCCACGCUGCUGCGAGACGUGCCUUUUUCCGCCAUGUACUGGUACAACUACGAGAGGGGCAAGAAGUGGCUGUGCGAGCGCUACAACACCAGAGAGCCCACGUUCACCAUGACCUUCGUAUCGGGCGCCGCGUCUGGUUCGUUUGCCUCCAUCGUGACGUUGCCGUUUGACGUGGUGAAAACCAGACGGCAGGUGGAACUCGGGGAGCUGCAGGCGAUGAAUUUAUCACACCAGGCCUCCUCCACCUUCAGCGUGAUGAAGAGGAUCGUGGCACAACAUGGCGUCACAGGCUUGUUUGCGGGUUUCCUCCCUCGCCUCAUCAAAGUGGCGCCGGCCUGCGCCAUCAUGAUCAGCACCUACGAGUUCGGGAAGGCGUUUUUCCGCAAACACAACCAGGAACAGAUACUGGGACCCUUGCAGACCACAAAGACCUGAAAGAUUACCAGUUCAAACGCCCCCAAAUCGAACACCAAGAAAAAAAAACAACACUGUGACAUUUUUAAAUAAGCAGAAGCGAGAUUACAAAGAGCAUAUUAAAAAAAAAACUUUUAAUGAUAGUAUUGAUCAUUUAUAACUUCCAUUUUUGUAUAGGGAUGUAUUAUAAGUCAUAUUAUGUAUUACUGAAUAUUCAUGAGUAUUCUGCGUGAUGUGCUUUUGGGGCACUGGGUGACACGUCCUCCACCAACUCAGGGCAAAAUCAACCAUGGGGAUGUUCUGAACUCCUGUUUCCAUGCCAGUGUUGCACCAUUGCAUAACAUAGCGCUCACUAACUUUCUCAUGUCUGCUUCUUCAGUCGGCAGACCCAAUCAAUAGAGCCUCGACUUUUUAGAGACGCUUCGAAUGGAAAAUCUAUUCUUUUGUUGCGCCCAUCCAGAUGACGGUUUUCGGUUCGGAAUCUAUAUUAGUGCCAACGAAGGUUGUCUUGUUAGGUGUAAAACUCGCCCGAUGUUCUAUAUUUUCAUACAUUUUUCCCCCAAAUGACGAAUAAUGACUGAAAAGCCAAAAUGAGUCCAAUAAAACAUAGUUUGUAUGAUGUUUCUGAUGUGAACGAGUGCAUGAAAAAGCAGUAAAGGUGCGUGUUGUUGCGCUCGGUUUGAUCCCGUUUACCACAAGUCGAUCAGGACAGCAUUGGGAAUAAUAAUUAAAAGGGGAGUACAGAGUCUGAGUCAACUGAAAGUAGAAUAUCAAUCAUAGCGGUCACGACCUGAGAACCAAAUACUGCGUUAUCCACAAAACUGAAAGCAAAGGCACACCAAAGAAAAGCACCUGAGAACUAAAGAUGUGACAGAUGAUCUUUUGUGGACGGAUCACCCUGAAAGCAUCAGUACGUAAUGAUUGGCAACGUCUCUCGAUACGAAGCAUUCAAGUUAAAAGGAACACGAUGAGCGGAGAGCAUUUUAACGCUGGGAAUGCUACACCACUUAAGAAGUCAGGAGUGUCCAAACUUUGUCCAGGGAGGGCCGCUUACAGAAAAAUGACGAAAGUACUUUGAUACAGUUUGUAUAUUUAAGUCCAACAUAAGUCAAAUACUACAAACUAAGUCAUUUAUGUGGAGAUUACAUUCAAGAAUCAGCCAAUGACGCAUGACUCGGAUCCAGAACCCCCCCCCUCCCCUGGAGCCUAUCCCAGCUAUCUUCGGGCGAGAGGCGGGGUACACCCUGGACUGGUGGCCGGCCAAUCACAAAACACACAAUUUGCCAAUUCGCAAAAUUAACCUAGCAUGUUUUUGGAAUGAAUACCCGGAGAAAACCUACGCGUGCACAGGAAGAACAUGCAAACUCCGAGGGUGGGAUUGAACUCUGGUCUCCUAGCGGUGAGGUCUGCGUGCUAACCACUCGACCACCGUGCAGCCCUGAGCAACUUAUACUGACAUUAUAAAAAAAUAAUAAACCUCCAAAGGAGUCAGUGCAACAUACAACAGU